AGCUGUCCGGGCUUGGCGGUGGUGGCCGAGGGGCGGCGGGGGGCAGGGCGUGGGCAGGUGAGGGCAGUGCCCGAGCGGGUUCCCUGGGGCCAUGGCCUGCUCCAUUGUCCAGUUCUGCUACUUCCAGGACCUCCAGGCCGCCCGGGACUUCCUCUUCCCUCACCUGCGGGAGGAGACCCCCAGCGGCGCCGUAUGGAGGGACCCCAGUAAAUCAACAAACUGGGAAGAUGAUGGUUGGGGAGCAUGGGAAGAAACGGAACCCCAAGAACCUGAAGAAGAAGGAAAUACUUGGAAGACACAGAAAACCUCCUGGCUUCAAGAUUGUGUUUUAUCCUUAUCUCCAACUAAUGAUCUGAUGGUUAUAGCUCGGGAGCAAAAAGCUGUAUUUCUAGUGCCAAAAUGGAAAUACAGUGAUAAAGGAAAGGAAGAAAUGCAAUUUGCUGUUGGCUGGAGUGGUUUUUUAAAUGUUGAAGAAGGGGAAUGUGUAACCAGUGCUCUGUGUAUCCCACUAGCAAGCCAAAAGAGGAGUUCCACUGGACGUCCUGACUGGACCUGCAUUGUGGUGGGCUUUACUUCAGGCUACGUGCGCUUCUACACAGAGAGCGGUGUGCUCUUGCUUGCACAACUUUUGAAUGAGGACCCAGUGCUGCAGCUUAAAUGCAGGACCUAUGAAAUCCCACGACAUCCUGGUGUGACUGAGCAGAAUGAAGAGUUGAGUAUCUUGUAUCCAGCUGCCAUUGUGACUAUUGAUGGAUUCAGCCUUUUUCAAUCUCUUCGUGCUUGUCGAAAUCAGGUAGCAAAAGCUGCAGCAUCAGGCAAUGAGAACAUACAACCACCACCAUUAGCGUAUAAGAAAUGGGGUCUACAAGAUAUUGACACUAUUGUUGAUCAUGCUAGCAUUGGUAUUAUGACUCUGUGCCCUUUUGAUCAAAUGAAGACUGCCUCCAAUAUAGGUGGAUUUAAUGCAGCAAUUAAAAACAGUCCACCCGCCAUGUCUCAGUAUAUCACUGUAGGGUCCAGUCCAUUUACUGGCUUCUUCUAUGCUUUGGAGGGAAGCACACAGCCAUUGUUAUCUCAUGUUGCACUAGCCGUUGCAAGUAAACUCACUUCGGCUUUAUUUAAUGCUGCCAGUGGUUGGCUUGGUUGGAAAAGUAAGCAUGAAGAAGAAACUGUCCAAAAGCAAAAGCCGAAGGUGGAACCAGCCACCCCGUUAGCUGUAAGAUUUGGACUUCCAGAUUCUAGACGCCAUGGCGAAAGUAUAUGUCUGUCUCCAUGUAACACAUUGGCAGCAGUAACAGAUGAUUUUGGCAGAGUUAUUUUAUUGGAUGUAGCCAGAGGAAUUGCAAUACGCAUGUGGAAAGGGUAUCGGGAUGCACAGAUUGGCUGGAUCCAGAUUGUAGAGGACCUCCACGAAAGACUACCAGAAAAGAUGGAUUUCUCCCCCUUUGGAAACACUCAGGGUCCGAGUCGAGUGGCUCAGUUCCUCGUGAUCUAUGCGCCAAGAAGGGGAAUCUUAGAAGUGUGGAGCACACAGCAGGGGCCUAGGGUAGGCGCCUUCAACGUGGGAAAGCACUGCAGGCUUCUGUAUCCUGGCUAUAAAAUAAUGGGCUUAAAUAAUGUUACCAGUCAGAGUUGGCAGCCACAGACUUACCAGAUCUGUCUUGUUGAUCCAGUGUCGGGAACUGUGAAAACAGUCAAUGUCCCUUUCCAUUUAGCACUGAGUGAUAAGAAGAGUGAACGAGCCAAGGACAUGCACUUAGUUAAGAAACUAGGAGCCUUACUGAAAACAAAAUCUCCCAGUCUUGAUUUGGUUGAAACAGAAAUAAAGGAAUUAAUUCUCGAUAUUAAGUACCCUGCAACCAAAAAACAAGCUUUGGAAAGCAUUUUGGCAAGUGAAUGUUUACCAUUUUCCUGCCUUAGAAACAUCACUCAGACUUUAAUGGACACUUUACAAAAUCAAGAGCUUGAGUCUGUUGAUGAAGGAUUGCUGCAGUUUUGUGCCAAUAAACUGAAAUUACUUCAUCUUUAUGAAUCUGUCAGUCAAUUAAAUUCCCUUGAUUUUCAUUCAGACACACCAUUCUCUGAUAAUGACUUGGCUGUGUUACUAAGGCUUGAUGAGAAAGAACUCCUUCGGCUCCAGGCAUUGUUAGAGAAAUAUAAACAAGAGAACACCAGGACUGCUGUCCGUUUUUCUGAUGAUAAGGAUGGUGUGUUGCCUGUAAAAACAUUCCUGGAAUAUUUAGAAUAUGAGAAAGAUGCGCUCAACAUAAAGAAGAUAAGUGAAGAGGAGUAUGUGGCUUUGGGCAGUUUCUUUUUUUGGAAGUGUUUGCAUGGCGAGAGCUCCACUGAGGACAUGUGUCACACUUUGGAGUCGUCUGGACUUAGCCCUCAGCUGUUGUUGUCUCUGCUCCUGAGUGUUUGGCUAUCUAAGGAAAAAGAUAUUUUGGAUAAACCGCAGUCUGUCUGCUGUCUUCAUACAAUGCUGUCCCUCCUGAGCAAGAUGAAAGUGGCCAUCGAUGAGACCUGGGAUUCCCAGUCUGUGUCCCCUUGGUGGCAGCAGAUGCGCACAGCUUGCAUCCAGUCUGAGAACAACGGGGCUGCUCUCUUGUCCGCACACGUUGGGCAUUCCGUUGCCGCGCAGAUAUCCAACAACAUGACAGAGAAAAAAUUUUCCCAAACAGCACUGGGUCCUGAUUCGGAGGCCCUCACUGACUCCUGGGAGGCCCUUUCUCUCGACACUGAAUACUGGAAACUCCUGCUGAAACAACUGGAGGAUUGUCUCAUACUUCAGACUCUGCUUCAUAGCAGAGUGAACACGCGAACCUCCAGCAUGUCGUCACUGCAGGCUGAGCCACUCCCCAGGCUUUCUGUUAAAAAGUUAUUGGAAGGAGGGAAAGGUGGCAUUGCAGACACAGUAGCCAAGUGGAUAUUUAAACAGGAUUUCAGCCCUGAAGUAUUAAAACUGGCUAAUAAAGAAAGAGAUACAGAAAACCCAGAUGAACCCAAAGAAGGUAUUAACAGAGGUUUAUUUGAGGUGUCAGAGGUAGAGAUGGACUUGGGAGCCAUUCCAGACUUGCUGCAUUUGGCCUACAAGCAGUUUCCGUGCAGCCUGGAGCUGGACGUGCUGCACACACACUGCUGUUGGGAGUACGUUGUUCAGUGGAAUAAAGACCCAGAGGAAGCACGUUUUUUUGUUAGGUCAAUAGAACACUUGAAGCACAUUCUUAAUGCACAUGUUCAGAAUGGCAUUGCCCUGAUGAUGUGGAACACAUUCUUGGUUAAAAGGUUUUCUGCUGCUACGUACUUAAUGGAUAAGGUUGGAAAAUCACCAAAGGACAGGUUAUGCCGAAGGGACGUGGGGAUGAGUGACACAGCAAUGACGUCUUUCCUUGGCUCCUGCUUGGAUCUUCUUCAGACUUUAAUGGAGGCAGAUGUUAGCAGGGAUGAAAUGCAAGCGCCUGUCCUGGAUACUGAGGAUGCUUGGCUCACUGUUGAAGGACCAAUCUCGAUAGUGGAACUGGCCCUUGAACAGAAACACAUCCACUACCCGCUGGUGGAGCACCAUUCCAUCCUGUGCUCCAUCUUGUAUGCGGUGAUGAGGUUUUCUCUGAAGACUGUGAAGCCACUUUCACUUUUUGACAGUAAGGGGAAAAAUGCAUUUUUCAAAGACCUAACUUCACUUCAGUUAUUACCUAGUGGGGAAAUGGAUCCAAAUUUUAUUUCUGUACGACAACAGUUCUUAUUGAAAGUUGUCAGUGCAGCUGUGCAGGCUCAGCAUGCAGGUGCAAAGGACAAAGAUUCCUCAGAAGAGGCACCGACCGCUCCUUUUGGGAAAGACCAAGAUUGGCCAGUUCUAGCCGUGGAUUUGGCCCAUCACCUUCAAGUCAGUGAAGAUGCUGUUAGAAGGCAUUAUGUAGGGGAACUCUACAACUAUGGAGUCGACCACUUAGGAGAAGAGGCCAUUCUCCAGGUGCAGGACAAAGAGGUCCUUGCCUCUCAGCUGCUGGUGUUGACAGGGCAGAGGCUGGCUUACGCGAUACUCCACAGCCAGACCAAAGAAGGAAUGGAGCUGCUUGCCAGACUCCCACCCACUCUCUGUACUUGGCUGAAAGCCAUGGACCCCCAGGAUCUUCAAAACACAGAAGUGCCAAUUGCAACAACAGCUAAACUGGUACAUAAAGUAAUUGAGCUUUUACCGGAAAACCAUGGGCAGUAUAGUUUAGCCUUACACCUCAUUGAAGCUGUGGAAGCCAUAUCUAUUCCUUGUUUAUGACACUUACCUACUGAAAACAGUCAAACCGUGUGACUAUACUAUGAAUUAGUGCAUGGUUAUUUUACAUAGUAAGAUCUGGAAUUUUAUGGAGGGAGUAUGUCUUUUUUUUUUUUCUUUUGUAAAAUAAAUAAAAAUAUAUAUUACUUUUAAAAAGUGCAGUCCUGGCUAAAUUCCACUCGUUUGGUUAAAACUCAAAAUAUCAACAGAUAUCAAUUAUACUAUUAAUUACUAAUACAGAUGUUUUACUGUUUAUUUCUAAUUCAAGCACUGAAGUAGCUUUAUUGUUAAACUUUGCUAUUUAAAACUGGUUAUAAUUUACAGAUUAUGUUCUUAUUAUAAGAUUCUAUAUUUCAUACUCAAUGUUAUUGUUGAAAUUAAACUUCAGUGUGUUCAUGUAUAGUCCCCAUCAGUAAAAUCAGAGCAACAUCCCGCUCUCCUUUAAUAAAUGUUGGGAGAACGCUUUGUCACCACGCUUCACCCAUGCUGGCCGGCCACCUGGAGUUCUGGAUGCCUGCAGGCUCCUCUCCCAGAGGUCUGCUGCUGCCCUGAGGACGAUGACCUUGCUCGUGGAGGAAUACCGGGAUCGAGAUCAUCAUAGUCAUCAGAAGGGACACUAAAUAGAACCCUUAACCCGUUAUACUUACCAAAAUUGAGAAUCUGAGAUGCAAGCAAUCACAGCAAAAUUAAUUAUAACACAAGUUCCGAUUUGCUUUUUGCCAAGGUUCAAAGUUGUAUCCACAUCAGGUAAUUGUAAAAAUGUAUUAUCUUGUAAAACUUAUGUUAAAACAAAAAAGGCAAAGAUGCUAAAAAUUUAAGUCCAACUUUAUUUUUCCUACAAGUGUUUAGAAACGUCUGCUUCUGGGACGUGGGAAUGUGUCUGUUCUGGGGAGAGUACGGAAAUGCUUAGUGAUGUUACAGCUUUAGCAAACCUACCUCACAGCUGGGUUGAGAGGAUAAAAUACAACUAAUUUUGUACCCUGUAGUGCCUAGAGCAGUCCAAGUGCUGAAGAACUAUUUGUCGAUUAAAACCAAAUUAACCAAAACUCUGUAAAAAGGGCUUUGAGCGCUACAGAUACCAAGUAUUUACUGUGGUCUGUCUGUGGAAUGUAGCCAUAUUAUUGAUAGCUGUCAUGGAUCACAGUUGUUAUCCACAGUAACUCACUGUGCUACAGAAGUCUGUUUCCUCAUCUCCUGUAAGAAGCCAACUCCAGCAAUCGUACAAAGUUGAGGAGUAUGUCCUUCAGGGAUAUAAAGAAAAAAGUCUGAUAUUUGAGGAUAUCCCAGUAUAAAUUCUUUUUAAGUAAAAGAUCACAUCCAAAUAAGAACUUACUUGCCUAAAACUUAAUAAUUACUGUUUAAUUUAAAUUCUUGAAAAAUAAAAUGUUAAGAUGUCUUGAGUAUUUGGGGUGAGGGCCUGUACAUCUGACUGAGGGGCACACUGUGAACAGUGUGGCAGUGAAGCUAGUCCAGCCUCCCAGCCUCUGCCUGGAUCUCUGCUGCCCCAUCCAGACACAUGCAUUUGAUUUCUUGUAACUGUAGCUAGCUUUAUAUAGUCACUUGUUACCUGUCUGCUAAAAGAUUAGUUCUUCCUGUGAUUUUUCUAAAUACUCUGAACGUAGUUAGGAAUUUUGGAGACUGGUCAAAGAAACUUGGAAUUAUAGGUGUUUUUACAGAUUAAAUCCUCACUUUGAUUCCACUAUCCUAUCACUUUUGGGGAAGGGGGUACUUAAUAAGCAUUUUAGAUAAUAAAGCUGGUUAAACUUAUUCUGGUAGGACACAUAAUCAAAUUUGGGGAUUGCUGAGAAUAUUAAUAAGCUAAAACAUGGCUCAUAGAACCAUAACAAAUAAUUGAGUCUCUAGUUAGAUUUAUAAUCCUACAAUUUACCAUUCAUAGAAUUUUAAAAUUGAAUUCUGAUUUGUAUGGUUAAGAAAAGCGGCUAAAUAUUUUACUAUUUCAUCAAGGGCUUUUAAAAUAAAUCUCAGAGAAGAAAUGAAAAUAAAUACCUACGAAUACGUUCUGUAACAACGAAAAGCCACAAAUAAGGAGUCAGAUUUUAUGUGAAAUGGGUGGUUUCUGUGGUACGUACUGUAGGUAUCAAUGGGAAGCCAGUAACCAGUAGUGUUUUCCUAGAUACACUCCCACCCCCAUCCAGCUCCCUUCAUGAACAUUAAGUAGGCAUUCUGUACCUUGUUAAAUUCCACUGUAUAAUGCUGAAGGCAAACAGAAGUGUUCACAUACUCAUAACUUCUACAUUACAGGUUGGGUUUAGAUGUAGAACUAGAAGAGCCAGGAUAAAUGUAGAUCAAGAGGAAUAUAGCACCAAGCUUUUGAAUGCCUCAUACUUUUGCAAAAAGGAAAGUAAGCGAUGGAGAGAGUUUCACUCUUGUUA